AUGGCGGACGGCAAGAUUCCGCAGUCGCUACUCGGCGAUAUAUCGGACAAGCUCGGUUCCAAGUGCUUUCAAUUGUCGUCGCUGCCUCCUGUGAAGUGGAAGCUCCACCCCGUUGUUAUAUUCACCAUUUUGGACUCGUAUAUGCGUCGUGAAGAGGGCCAGCACAACAUUAUCGGUACUUUGAUGGGCAUCGUCACCGAGGGCAAUGUGGUCGAGAUCACCGAUUGCUUCGUAGACAGGCAUUCCCUUACUGAUGAGGGUUUGCUACAAAUCAUCAAGGACCACCAUGAAAGCAUGUACGAGUUGAAGCAGAAGGUGAACCCCAAGGAACAAGUCGUGGGCUGGUUCAGCACUGGCGGUGAAAUGACUGAGCUGACUUGCGCGGUCCAUGGCUGGUUCAAGCAGUUCAACUCAGUUUCGAAGUUCUACCCCCAGACCAACCUGUACGAGCCCGUGCACUUGUUGGUGGAUGCGACGUGUGACUCAGGGUCCAUGGUCAUUAAGGCAUACGUUCAAUUGCCGCUCAACUUGACCAAGGAGGCCUGCUUCCAGUUCCACGAGGUUGAGCUGGAGCUUGUGACAUCACCGAAUGACUCCGUUGGCAUCUCAAGUUUGUUGAGGUCUAUGGAAAGCGCGAAAUCGCGCAAAAUAGACAGGCCCCGGGAGGCGUCUACGUUUGAUAUUUCGCUGUCAAAAUUGUCUGAUCUGCUGGACGCUUGCAUCAAACGUGUGGAGGCGGCCAUUUCCGGCCAGAGAGGUGCCGAACUCGACCCGGAGGUGGGUCGCUUCCUCCUAAGGGCCACCACGACCGAGAGUAUUAUAAGUCAGGCGAAAUUGGAGAAAUUGUCUGAGCUCGCGCUGCAGGACAACUUGAUGAUUGCUUAUCUCUCCAAUUUGGCCAAUUUGCAAUUUGCGCUUGCGGAGCACUUGAACGCCUCAUUUUGA